UGGGAAUUCUCUAUAUGCCUACACCAUUUUCCUCCCUUUCCCCAUUACUAUGCUCUUGCUUUCUGGAUCGCAACUCAUUAUUUCGAGCUCAUAAAAUGAUGCCAAUUCUUGUUUUUCCGGCUGUCUCAAGAUUCUUCAAGUUGGGAUUCGCCUUAGAUUAUAUCUAUUUUGCGAUUUGUGGUCUUUUUUCUUUGCUUGGCCUGCACAAUAUCCACACCUUUGAAACCACUUUUCCGGCUUCUUCUGCCUCUGCUCGCAGGAUCAAAGAAACUUUGUCUGUUUUGGCAUUCAGAGAUUUAACGGCGGCAGAGUUAGACGAUUCAUGCGCUGUUUGCUUGGGCUCCUUCGAGGAAGACGAUGAAGUUCGAAAGCUUUGCAAUUGCCGUCAUAUAUUUCACAGAGAUUGCCUUGACAAAUGGACGGAUUACUAUAAGGAAACGUGCCCUCUCUGCAGAUCAGAUCUUCUUCCCAAAAGUGAAAUAGAAGAUGAUACACAAGCAGACAACGAUGAGUCAUGCUCCUGAUUUCUUCCUCAUUUACUUUGUAACAGAAAAUCUUAUAGCCCUAAUAGUAGGCAGGGAUUUUCCUUUUGAAUUCAACUGUGUAUUUUUAUAUCGACAUUAUGAUCGAAAAAUCAUCACGAAGAAAUCCGAAAUGUUAUAUUUA